AUGGCGGAGGUGCAGGGCCGCGGGCGGCGAGCGUCGACGAUUAAGCGCCGGUUUGAGACCGACGAGGAGUAUGUGGAGGAGCAGCUGCUGUUUGAUCUGGAGUCGGAGCUUCAGCAGGUACAAGCGCUGAAGGUGCUGACGCAAGAGCGUUUGAGUCAGUUGAUGCAGGAGCAGAAGCAUUUGGAGCAACAGCAGAGGCGUUUACAGCGUCAAACCGACCGACGCGAUGCUGGAGCUGCCACCGCACGCAUGCUACAGUUGCAGGAGCAGGAGCGGGUGCGACUUGCGAUGGCGGAGGCGAAACGCGAGCACGAUGAAAAGGAAGCCAAAGCUAGGGCCGAGGAGGCGCAACGCCGACGAGAAAACGCGAUUGAGACGCAGGAUGAUGACCUGGACGACCUCGAUGCGUUCCUCGCACAGGACGCCGCCCAUUUUUGA